GAUGGGUAGAGUUGAGUCUGAAUUUUGGAAGUAUAUUUGUGAUGCAUCCUUUACCUAAGAAAAUACGAAAUUAGAUAUAAUGUGGAAUACAAAAGAGAUGUUAAAAUAUGUCUAUAUGUGUAUAUGUAUAAUUCUUUAACUAGCGACUGGGGGUCUUAUUUGUAAGGAUAGAAGGAUGGCAAAUUGGUGUAAAUAAGCUAUAAGUUUUAUGAGUAUAACUUUACCCUACUCAAUACUUUUUUAGUUUUAGUUAAGUGACAUAUAUAGGAAAUUAUAGUUUUUUUUUAGUAGAAAAUAGGGACAUUUUAUAAUGACUAAUAUAUGUAAUAUUUAGUCUAUUAUAUAUCUCUAUUAGUGGUGAAGAGUCAUAUGAUAUAAUGUAAAACUUCCCUUGCUAUUUUUAUUUUUAAUGGAGGUGGGGAAUAUGACGAUAUAGGUUAUUCAAUUGGUGAAUGGUUCGAAAAUCAUUUUUGCGAGUAUCUGAAGGCGAAUUUAUAUUUUUACUGAAAGUUAGGUCAUUUAUACAGGAAAUUAAAGAAUGGAAAAAA